UCCACAAGGUUUCUGAAACUCACCUCACCUCACUUUUUAACAACACUGUACACUGGAUUGUCACCCUGGAAUAUAUACUGUAAUAAUCUCAUUUUGGUUUUGGGCGCCUGCAGGAGAGGUAUUUUGGAUUAUUAUCACAUUACAAUGAUGCUGCCCCGGUGCUGAUUCAGGGUGUGAGUGCUGGAGGCAGAGACAGACACCUGAGUAACGCUAACUGAGUGACAGGCCAGACUGGACAACUUGAUGGUGGUAAUAAGCUAAACAAAACAGACCCAAACCAAGGCUGAAAUGGAAUUACGACUCGGAUUUAGGAUCACCCUGGUCUUGAUCAUCCUAGCCUUGACUCUUUCCAGCGAGAGAGUGGAAGCACAGAGGGCAGGAUGUAAAAAUGUCCACUAUGACUUGGCGUUCAUCCUGGAUACCUCAUCCAGUGUUGGAAAAGAGAAUUUUGAAAAAAUCAGGCAAUGGGUGGCCAACCUUGUAGAGUCUUUUGAUGUGGCACCUGACAAGACAAGAGUAGCCGUGGUUCGCUACAGUGACAGACCCACCACUGAGUUCCUCCUGGGUAGACACAGGACCCUGGAAGAUGUGAAGCGAGCUUCCCGUAACAUACGCUACCUGGGGGGAAAUACAAUGACAGGGGAUGCUAUCAGCUACACCACCAGCAACAUCUUCACGGAGCAGAAUGGAGCAAGGCCCAUAGCCAGAGGCAUUCAGAGGGUAGCCAUCCUUCUCACAGAUGGCCGAAGCCAGGAUUACGUUCUAGAGCCCUCUAAGGCAGCGGCCAAAGCUGGCAUCAGGAUGUUUGCUGUGGGCAUUGGAGAGGCGCUGAAGGAGGAGCUGGAGGAGAUCGCAGCCGAGCCAAAAAAUGCCCAUGUCUUCCAUGUGACGGACUUUAAUGCCAUUGACAAGAUCAGGGACAGGCUGAGGAGGAGGCUGUGUGAGAAUGUCCUGUGUCCAAACAUGAAGGUUCAACCUGAUCGGUUUAAGCCCAACAGCACCAGUUAUGGUCUUGAAAAGGUUCCAGGGUUCGACCUGAUGGAGUACUUCAAUGUGAGAGAUAUUCUUGGAACCAAAGAUGAUGAAGGCCAAAGUUCUUAUGUCCGCCUUGGCACCAUGCCCAUUGUACAGCAAACAGAAGAUGUGUUUCCUCAAGGGUUGCCCGAUGAAUAUGCCUUUGUGACGACAUUCAAAUUCAGGAAAACCUCAAGACGUGAAGACUGGUACCUUUGGCAGGUUUUUGACAAAUAUGGAAUCCCACAGGUGUCCAUCCGCCUGGAUGGCGAGAACAAGGCGGUGGAGUACAAUGCUGUCGGCUUGACAAAAGAUGCUGUCAGAACUGUGUUCAAGAACCCUGAGGUUGACAACCUGUUUGAUCGCAACUGGCACAAGAUUGCCCUCAGCGUGGAAGCCAAGUCUGUGUCUCUGUACCUGGACUGCAAGCACAUCCAGACUUUGCCCAUCGAAUACAGGGACGACAUUGAUAUCCAGGGAAAGACAGUGAUUGGGAAGAGGCUGUAUGACAGUGUUCCAGUUGAUUUUGACCUCCAGAGGAUGAUGAUUUACUGUGAUUCCAAGCACGCAGAGCUGGAGACCUGCUGUGAUCUACCCAAUGGACCUUGUCCUAAGAAAGUUGUGACAGAGGCCCCCCCUAUAGAGAUCCCCACUCCAACACCUACUGUUGGGGAGCAAAAAAGAGGCCCUGAAGUGAACUGCUCGUGCCCUGCAGGAGUGAAGGGAGAGAUCGGUGUACCCGGUGUUGCAGGUCCUAAGGGUGAAAAGGGUGACACUGGCCCUAAGGGUGCCCUCGGACCGCCAGGAGCCAAAGGAGUAAAAGGAGAAACUGGCAACAUAAUCUCUGUCAAAGGUGACAGAGGUGAGAAGGGUGAUUCAGGCACAAUAGGGUUGACAGGUGCUCCUGGACAAAAAGGAGAGAAGGGACUUGGUGGUGUGCCAGGUAUUGAUGGCUUAUCUGGAGACAAAGGAGACAAAGGUGGAGCAGGAAGGGCUGGUGAUCCAGGUCUGCCAGGACCAGCUGGACAAAAAGGAAUUCAAGGAGAUGCAGGAAUUCCUGGCACACCGGGACCAAAAGGUGUCACUGGUGAUAUAGGUAUAAAAGGUGAAAAAGGAACUCCGGGACCCCGGGGUGAGGCAGGUUUGGAUGGAUUACCUGGCAAACCUGGUGUUCCUGGGAAAGAUGGUUUGAAAGGACUGGCUGGUACACCCGGUGCCAGCGGAAUGAAAGGCAACAAGGGUGAGAGAGGCCUUCCCGGAUUACCUGGGGAUAUGGUUCACAGAGAAGGCUUACAGGGUGAAAAGGGAGAUGCUGGACCUCAGGGGCCUCCAGGGGCCGAUGGCCCCCCAGGGCCUCCAGGUCCUCCGGGUCUACCUGGGGAGCCUGGAGAGUUCGGCCAGAGGGGAAAGAAAGGUGAAAGUGGAUUGCCUGGAGUGGAUGGCCUGCCUGGACCCCCUGGUCCUCAGGGUCCAGCUGGGCCACCAGGAAACCAAGGACAUACUGGACCUCCAGGUCUACCUGGUGAAAUUGGAUUUUCAGGCAAACCUGGAGAGCCUGGAAAGCCGGGUCUUCCUGGUAAAGAUGGUCUGGAUGGUCUUCCUGGAAAUGACGGUGCCAUGGGGCCCAGGGGAGAGCGCGGAGCAGAUGGUUUUCCUGGCAAGCCUGGACCUAAGGGUGACGAGGGGCCUCCCGGUCCAAGGGGACCUCCAGGGGAGAGAGGAGAAGCUGGUUCCCCUGGACAACCAGGUGCUGAUGGAGCAAGAGGAGACAGGGGUGGACCGGGAGAAAGAGGACAGGAUGGACCAAUUGGGCCAAAAGGAGAAAAGGGCGACAAGGGUGAAGUGGGAAGCAGGGGGCCGCCUGGCGCUCCAGGAAAUGUGGCAAAUGUCAUCCCUGAGCCUGGUGAACCUGGAACACCUGGAGAGAAGGGGGAAAAGGGCGAUCAAGGGAAACCAGGAGAGAUGGGUCCAAGAGGUUUACCUGGUGAACAAGGCUUUAAGGGACCACCUGGAGCAACGGGUCCAAAAGGUGACACUGGACCUACAGGAGAGACAGGACGUGUUGGAGACCCUGGUCCACCUGGCAUAGCUGGUCCUCAAGGUUCUCGUGGAUUACCAGGGAACGUUGGCAUCCCAGGGAUCAUUGGGCCUCCUGGUCCCGCUGGACAGAGAGGAGACAAGGGUGAUCCAGGUAAACCAGGACAAGCAGGUCCCACAGGCUCACCCGGAGAGCCUGGUUUGACUGGACCUCCUGGACCACCAGGGAAGGGGAAAGACGGGCAAAGUGGAGAACCAGGACCACAGGGAAUUCAAGGCCCCCCAGGGCUAAAGGGCCAACCAGGGUCACGAGGAGAUCCUGGGUCACCAGGGGAACGGGGUCCUGCAGGAGAAGGCAAAAUGGGACCACCGGGGCCUCCGGGAAAUAAGGGGGAUCCUGGACCUGCAGGCUUGAGGGGUGCUCAAGGAGUCGCCGGUCCUCAGGGCCCAGCAGGACAUAAUGGUAUACCGGGAAGACCGGGAGAGAAGGGAUCACCAGGAGAGCCUGGAAAGGCAGCAGACCUCUCUGACCUCAAUCUGAAGGAUGUUUGCUCAGACUGCCCUGCAGGUCCACCCGGACCACCCGGUCUCCCAGGAGUCCCGGGGGAUAAAGGACACCUGGGACCUCCAGGGAAAGAUGGUCAAGAUGGUUACCAAGGCCCGCCAGGACAAGCCGGACCUCAAGGGCCGCCUGGAGCUGACGGUGGAAAGGGUAUUAAAGGUGAUCGAGGACCUCCUGGAGGCCCGGGAGACAAAGGAGACAAGGGUCACCCAGGACCCCCUGGCCAUCCAGGUACUCCUGGCUUAAUGGGUACACCUGGUAGCGAUGGACAGCCUGGCCCUGUCGGUCCCCCGGGGCCCCCUGGAGAAAAGGGCAAGGAGGGUCUCAAAGGAAUCCAGGGACCACCGGGUCUUCCUGGUUUGAUUGGUGAGCCUGGAAAAAUGGGAAAGGAUGGCAGACCAGGUGAAACAGGAGAACCUGGCAAGCAAGGUGAACCUGGACCAGCAGGAAACCCUGGGCUCAGGGGACCCCCGGGCUUUAAAGGCCACAGAGGAGAACCUGGAGCUCCAGGACCUAAGGGAGAAGAUGGAAAGUCUGGAUUACCUGGACGUGAUGGCAAACCUGGAAAGGAGGGCUCUAUGGGACCUCCAGGCCGAGAAGGACUUAGUGGACCAAGAGGAGAGCCAGGCAAGCAAGGAGAACCAGGACCAUCAGGGAAAGCUGGUCUACCUGGAACUCCAGGUCUUAGGGGAGACAAGGGAGACGCCGGCAACCCAGGAUUACCAGGCUUUAGUGGGCCUAAAGGCCCCGCGGGUCCACCUGGUCCAGUAGGCCCAGAAGGAAAGCAGGGGAUGCCGGGCAGAGUUGGCGAUCGUGGCUUCAAAGGAGAUAAGGGAGACCCAGGUGUGAAGGGAGAUAAGGGACACGCAGGUGAUCCAGGUAUGCCCGGAAACCCUGGACCCCCAGGCAGAAAGGGCCACACAGGAAUGAUGGGCAUGUCAGGACCACCAGGAGAACUAGGACCUCCUGGGCCACAAGGACCUUCAGGAAACCCCGGUCUCCCAGGCCAAAAGGGAGAGUCAGUAUCACUGGAGCAGAUGAGACGGCUCAUCCAGGAGGAGCUGGCAAAACAAUUAGAUGCCAAAAUGGCUUACCUCAUGGCUCAGAUCCAGCCAGCCCAUGUGAAGAGUACAACGGGCCGUCCGGGACCUCCAGGCCCUCCAGGUAAAGACGGCAGUUCCGGACGACCUGGCCCCCCUGGAGAACCCGGUAUGCCUGGACAGAAUGGAGGAGAAGGACCCAGGGGACCCAUGGGCCCUAAAGGUGAGAAAGGAGCAAAAGGAGAAAAGGGAGAAACUGGUGUCGGUGACAGAGGAGAGCAAGGGCCGCCUGGCCCGAUAGGUCCAGCCGGUAUGCCUGGUUAUGGUAAAGACGGAAGCCCAGGACAAGCUGGAGCCCAGGGAGAGCCAGGAAACCCCGGCCCCCACGGUCAGCCUGGACCUCCAGGUCCUCCUGGCCAAUGUGACCCCACCCAGUGUGCCUACUACGCCAGCCUGGCACACAGACCCCACACCAAAAAUGUCAAGGGGACUUAAGAAAGAAGAGACACAAAGAGCUUGAAGUCCAGCUGUAUUUAUGAACUUGGUCGUGUCAGUCUGAAUCAAGAACUUUUCUUUUUCAAGAUAACCUCAGUAUGGAGGGCUGAAGCAAUAUGUGCUGCCGGUCAGAUUCUUUGUUUUGUGUGUUUUCGGUAUGAAGCUUGGGAUGGAUGGGGAUUGAGCACGAGGGGAUUUUUCAGAUUUAAUAUGGGGUAAAGAGGGCAGCUAAACAGUUUUUUCCUCACUUGCAUGCUUCCUGUAGAAUAUAUAGGGAGAUAACAUGGAUGGUGCACCCCAUCAGGAGAGAAGAUUUGGGAGUUUCAUAUUGUAUCAUCAGUAAUCAUCUCAAAAGUUCAGCUAGGCAUUUUCUUGCAGGACUAUGUCUCCACCACAGACCCCCCCCCCCCCCCCCCCCCCCCCCCUGGCCUCACACCAUUUUGCAUCAUUUACCAUUCACAGCCCACACUGUCUAGCAACAGAUGUCACUCUUAUGGCUCACUAAAUUCAUCUCUUGCUAGGGAUCUUCUACCAGUCUAUUAGUAAUUACUCAGUCAAGGGAAUUAUCUGUUUUAUUGUCAGUGAUGGGAGGGGGGAGGACAGGCAGUGUGAGGCACAAUCUCAAAUACCAAUAGUGAUUCUGUGUAGGAGGAGUGUUAAUGAGUAAGUGUGGGGAGUGAUGAAUUACCACAUUUGUGGCACUUGCACUUGCUUCUUGCCUCUAGCUUGUGGCACCAAGCUGGAGGGAAGGAGCAUUGUUCUUACUAUAUGCAGCCUUGUUUUGGAUAAUAUUGGCAACCCCAGAACUAGCAGAAAAAUAAAAGUACUUCAUUUUUUUAAGUUAUCCUUGAAACUAAUUGGAAUUUUGUUCUAUUUGUAGAAGUGAACGUGUCUGAUUUAUUUAGACAGAAAAAAAUUAAUUCUGUUUAUUUGCCUAAAUGCAACACAGUACCCAAAAUAUCAAUAAUUUUGUAUGAAUUUGUAUAAUUUUAAAAUCUAAUAUUUCUAAUUUUGAAUUGAAAUUCAUUAAAAAUGUGCAUGAAAAUCUGUCCAAAAUAGUAAUAACAACAAUGAUUUGUUCCAAACUCACCCACAGGAUGCCUAUUAAAACCAAGUCUAAAAAGAGAGAAGUCAAGACAGGAAGAAAUGUCAAUGUUCAGACUUUUACUUUUAUGUUUAAUGAAGUGGCUCUGGUCAUUCUCUCUUUGAGGUGUACAUAGACUUGAGGAGUAAACAGCUUUGAGGAGGUGGUAUAAUUGCCGCCUUUGUUCAUCUUUCUUGAAAAGCCCAACAUGUGUCACUUCCUUCCUUAUUAGUGCCUACGCUGUGGCAGUGUCUGGGCAGCUCGGCCCCGCUCUGAAAAGACAUUGCUGUUCAAAAUUGUUCCCUGGAAACUAAAAUUGGAGAGUUGCUUCCCUGCAUCCUGAUGCCCAGACCAUAGUGGUAACCAUUUGAAAGAUGUUUUGCCUUAUGUCCCUCAUGGACCAAUUACACUCACCCCAACCUCAGACGUGCUGGUCGUCUAGCACCUAUUAUAUAGCCUCCACUAAAGGCAUCACAUUUGUCUUCCUUUCAAAAACAUAAAGAAACACUUAAAUACAUACACAAGCAAAGGGGAAGAGGGGGAGCAAUUUUCAAGAAGAGAAUAGAGAGAUUUUAUGUGGGCUUGCCAAGACAUACAGUAUGACCACAGGUAAAAAAUUAUGACUAUAUGGGCCAGUCAUGCUUGUGGUAUCAAAUGGAAGAUCAUUUAUGAAGAUUGAGUUGUGGCUCUGACACAACUUAGUUUUGAAGAUGUGAAGAAAGCAGACUGCUAUUUCUUGGCUGCUCUGGAGGCAGGACUAAUUUGAUUUGUUGAGUCAAACCAAGGGUAUGUAAUUUUUGAAAAGGAAAACACGCAUUCUUUAUCUUAUAAAAGAAAUUUGGUAUACAGCUACAGCCCCUGGUCUAACCAGUAUCUUAUGGUGGAUGAUAUUAGCUAAUAUUUACCAUAAUUCAGCUAUUUUCACCUUUAGUCACAUGUGGACAGAAGUUCCAUAGUUCUAAAGUUACACGGGCUUGCUUCAAACUACUGUAGGCUAAUUGGUUCUUACAGACAGUUAACUGGCAGUAUAUGCCUUAGGCAAAGUGUGGUCUCAGAAGAGAAAACAUGAAAAUGACUUGCUUUUCAUUAAUUCAUGGCCAUGGUGUGAGGUUAGACAUUCAGCUGGCUGGACAUACGAGCUUGUGUUAAUGCCUAGCAAUUGCUGUAAAAUUAGCUGGUCAGCAAGGCUAACUAGCUGCUUUUUCAAUGUGACAUACUUAGCCAAGAAACCUGUAGAUGUUACAGUUCCUUUGAGGUUUAACUCCUGACCUCAGAGCAGCUCCUCCUCUGAGAAAUGUUCAUAUCAUCAAAACUACAUUGGCAAAUGUUUGCAGCUACAGUACAUUAUGGCUAAUUUCAUACAGGUUAUUGUAUGGUAGCUGCUUCUUUGUCAGUGGUUUAUUCUUGAACUAUCAAACCGUAUCAGUAUUGCCCCUUCUUGGUUUUGUAAAUGCUUGUUUCAGUCACCAGUAGACUAUGUGUUACAGGGUGGUAAGGAUGGUAAGUUGCUGCACAUAGCUUGAAAUUUUGUAAUGCAUAUAAGCCAAACAUCUUUCAUUAUUCAAGCUGUUAUUCAGCUGUUUUUGGUAAUUGAAAGAUAUUUUUAAGUUAUACUGCUAAAUUAUUCAUGAUUUGAACCAAUGCAAAAGUGUUGUAAUGCAUUAACUAAAAUAUAUUAACCCGUUUUGUUUUUUUUUUCCAUUUAUUCCUGAUGAAUUGGUGCUAAGAGAUUUUAAAUUAGUAGCAUAUUGAAAGUAUUGGAAAGACACAUGUACUGUACUGUAUAAUAAAGACUGGAACAGAUUCAUUUUAUAA